UCCGACUCGAUUGAAGUCAGAAUACAGGAAACUCUGCUUUUGCAGAUGGAUCCUACGCACAUUUAAUGGGGGCACACAUGCUGGCGCUACCAUUGUAACACAGUGUGGCGCUGGGCACAGACCCUGAUGCGCCUUGCCGCUUGUGGCCAGAGUUCCAUCACGCAAGACCAUAGUGAAUAAGACUAACGAGCCACUGUGGGGAGUGUUGCAAAAGUAGCUGUGAGUCGCCUCGCUGCACUUACACAAGCUACACGAUAUAGAAUGAGUCGCCUUCGUUGCACUUCGUUCGCGUCCCUGUGUCGACGUCGACUGCAUUCUCUGACUUGCCUUCACUUGCAACGAGACUUCUUCGAUAUCAGCGUUGGUUUUUUCGAGAUUGCUACUCGAGAGAGACUCCACAGCAGACAACCAUUCCGGAUCCAGCUGAGCUCGUCAUGUCCAAGGACGACCUGAUGGUGCAAGCGUUGCCGCGACUUCAGUUGUCGAGCCUGGAUAUGAAGGCGAUCUUAGAGCUAUCCGUAAGUAUGCUGGAGACGAACCUGACGCAGCAGAAGGAGCUGCGGUUGACAAAGGAUGGCUUUCCGGACUCGCGUACCUGGCGAGAAGUGCAGCGUAAGGAAGGAAUACGAGUGUUCAAGGAGUUCCAGUCGCAGAAUUCAUUGCCGAGCGGGGACAGUGCGACGUGUAUGCGAGCUGGAUUUGCUCACCCGGAAGAGUCCGGGAUGCCAUCACUACUGAUGCUAGGAACGAUAGCUGGUAAUCUCAACGACGUCAUGUACGCGUCCAUUGCAACAAGCACCGACUCCAUGCGAGCUCGCUCUAAGUUUAUACAAGACGGAGUCGUGAACAGCAAGGUGCUCUGUUGCGUGGAGAGUCCGUCGUCGGACGAUCCGUUCCACACGCUCAACGUGACUUGGCGCUACUACUCGCUUUCGGAGCCACGAGACUACACGUGUAUCGAAGCAACGGGGCUGGUGCCCAACGAUUACGGCGAGCUGGUGGGCUUCCACCUCGUCCACUCGCUCGGAUUCGCUCAACUUCCAGUCUUCAAGAGCCACGGCGUGGAAAGAGCCAACAUGUCGGUGUGUUCGUUCUUCCGUCAGAAAACUCCAACUCUCGUCGAGUGCUAUACACGCGGCUACUUUGACUUCCACUCGACCAAUGAGAUGCUGAACAACAUCUCGCUGCACACUAUUUCGACCCAGUGGCUCUCGAUGGCUCGCUACGUCGAGUGCGCGCAGAUGAAGAAGCUCGUGUGGUGGAUGCGGAUGCGGACAGGUCGCGAUUCCUUUGCCAGCAGCAGCCAAAGCUCCAGCUCCACUUCAUCUGGUGGCAUCGCUAUGAUUGGACAAAAUUCGCGUCCCCGUAUCCAAUCAGGAUCUCGCUGUCGAGUCUGCUCACGCAGCUUCGGCGGCUUCCUGCGGACGUCUCCCAGAGCGUGUGCGUGCUGCGCCGAGUGGGUCUGUAAGCGCUGCUGUGUGAAGAAGCAGGUGUGUGUUAUGUCGUCCCACAACCGGAGCAAGGUGAACGAUAAGAAGCUCAUCUUCUGUGCGCAAUGUAUCGCUGAGGGAUCCAAGAGCGACGCCGCGCUUAUUCUGCGUGAAGAGCUCAUGGGGACACGUACGUCGUACUCGUCGACCCGCAGAACUACUAGUACAAUGGAGACCUUGGAGACAGAGUAAGAGUGAAUGAGGCCAUCGACUGUGGGCUGAAUAUAUUGAGUGGGGUUUGUGUGUGUUGUUUAGAUUGGAUCACAUGACAUGCAUUUACUAUGUCAGAGGUGGAAGGUGCUUGUCAACAAGCAGCUCCCAAUUUGCACCGCACACAAUCUAUAGGAAGCCUUCAGUGGAAAGACAAACUAACUCUCAUGCGGCAAGGCAGAGAAGC